AGGUUCAACAGUGAACAUCAGCCAGGUGUGCUUAGUGCUUACUAGUUCAACAAUGGACCCAAGGAUUUCUUUCUCCAAUGAUUUUGCAGAUCCUCAAGCGGGGAUAAAGUUCGAGAGCAACUACCGAGAAGCUCCGGUGUCGUCGGACUUCGAAUUCUCGGUGAACAACUAUGCCAUGAUACCUGCAGAUGAGAUCUUCUUCAAGGGUAUGUUAGUGCCCUUGAAAGGCCCUGACCAUGGCAGAAAGCUGACUUUGAGAGACACACUGCUCGUAGAUGAUGACGACGACGUCUCCUUCCCGAGCCUGCGAAAGGGUCCGGGGCGGUGGAAAGAGCGGUUGGGGCUGAAAAGGACUAACGCAGUGUCCAAGAAAAAGGAUAGAAAUGAACAUGAGCUUGAGAAAGUAGUUGAAGAGAAGGGUGGUAUGCCUAUGUUUCUCCAUGAUGAACAUCUUAUCAGCAACGCAUAGGUGAGAUUACACUACACUUUAUCUUCUAUGAAUCCGUCCCUCUACUUUAUAAAAAUCGAGAAGUUAGUCCCUCUAAUUUGUUAAAAUCCGAUUCAGUACCUGUAUCGAGUACCACUGAAGUUAGAGAGACGAUGUUAAUUGGGGUACUUGGCUAACUCUGUAUAGGGUACAAUAUAAAGGGAGUUUAAAUUCA